AGAAGAAUUUUGUCAGUCGCCCUUCUUAGCUCUCAGUAAGGCGCCUGCUUGCAGCCUGCCCGUCUCUCUCCCUUCCUCCCCACCCGAUUGCCUGUCUGCCCGGCCGCUGCCGUCCAACGCGGCCACCUGUAUAUUCCACCAUGGCGACCAGCGCAAAGCGAAAGCAAGAGGAGACUCAUUUAAAGAUGCUCCGGGAAAUGACUAGUCUUCCCGCGAAUAGGAAAUGCUUCGACUGUGAUCAGCGCGGCCCGACCUAUGUCAACAUGACAGUGGGCUCCUUCGUCUGCACCACCUGCUCCGGCAUCUUGCGAGGGCUGAACCCCCCACACAGAGUGAAGUCGAUUUCUAUGACUACUUUCACGCAGCAAGAAAUUGACUUCCUACAGAAACACAGCAAUGAGGUUUGUAAACACAUCUGGUUGGGCCUCUAUGAUGACAGGACGUCAGUUGUUCCAGAUUUCCGGGAGCCACAGAAAGUGAAAGAGUUCCUCCAGGAAAAAUAUGAAAAGAAAAGAUGGUAUGUGCCUCCAGACCAGGCAAGGUCAGUCAUAAGUGUCCAGGCGUCUGUGUCUGGCUCCUCCGCCAGCAGCACUGGCAGCACCCCGGAAGUGCAGCCUCUCAAGACUUUACAGCUCAACAAGACACCCCUUCGUCAAUCCCCGGGGUUGGGGCGCUCCCAGGCUCACAUCACAGCCCAAGAGAAAAAGUUUGACCUGCUGUCCGACUUGGGUGGUGACAUCUUUGCCGCCCCGCCUGCCCAAGCGGUCCCCACCACCAACUUUGCCAACUUUGCACAUUUUCCAAGCCAAUCAGCAGCAACUCAAGGUAACCCAGACAGCAACUUUGCCAACUUCGAUGCAUUCGGGAACACCGCAAUUCCUUCCCAUCUGAGCACGUCACCCCCCUCAAAGUCCUUUCCCACAGGAGGAGGCGUGCCAAUUCCGUCCAGGUCAAGUGCUCUCCCCAUCCAGUCCCAAAGUGGGAGCUGCACAGAGGAUCGCUACGCCGCUCUGGCCGAGUUAGACAACAAGCUAAGCUCCUCGAUAGGCAACAAUGUGCAAGGGAAUUUAUUUGGUCCAGUACUUGGCUCAUCUCCAGCCCAGAAUGCCCCUGUUCUACCCAGCAUGCAACCCGGCUUUGGAGGUGUUCCUUCCACAAAUCCCUUCGUUGCCGCGGCUGUUGCCUCAGAGAUGGCCACCAAUCCCUUCCAGGCCAAUGGCAGAGCUCCAGCUUCAGCCGCCUCAUUUGGUACUGGCUCUAUGAGCAUGCCGGCUGGCUUUGGGAAUUCGUCUUCAUACUGCCUCCCGACCAGUUUCAGCGGAAACUUCCAGCAGCAAUUCCCUGGCCAGGCUCCCAUCCCUUACUCUCAGCCGGGGGCCUACCACCCUCAGUCCAAUGGCCCUGCAUUCCCAGUCUACGGUCCAACCAAGCCCUCCGUAACGCCGUUCGGUCACCCCAUGGCUGGUCCUGGAGCAUCUGGUAACCCCUUCAUGGCGGGAGCCCCCACCGGGCCAUCCAGCUCAACAAACCCGUUCCUGUAGCACAACUCCCAGUCCUCACCACUAGAGGGCAGCAUGCAGCACAUUAGUCGACACACCGUUCCGUCACGCUAUUUUAGUGGCACUACAUUUCUUUCCACACAAAAAGAAAACGUUUACACUUUGAAGGAGAACAAAGGACUUUAUUUCAGACAAAGGGACUGUUAGCUUGAAAAUGUUGGGACUAUAUACAGCACAUUAUUUUCUAUUCUUGUUAUUUGUUUAUGCCUGUAUGCUGUGUGCAUAUCAUCAUUUGUAAUCAUAUUGACGUCUGAUGUAUAACGAGGAUCAUGUUGGCAGAGGUGAGUAGUCACACCUUGUGUAAAACCCACUACACACUAUUUUCAGGGGAAGGUUUACAAUGUCUCAUCCGUCACCUGGGUUUGACCCGACCGUAGACAUGCAAGUACAGUAUUUCAUUUCAAUAAGGGAUUUGUUUUUAUUAUUCUAGCAUGAAUGCAACUAAACUGGCACUUAGGCCCAAAUUGUCCAUGAAUAGCCUUCGCAACCAGAGAUACACUUGCCUAUAAACAAAAGAAGCUUGCAUAAACUCUAUAAACCCACACAGGUUGGUUGGCCUGAUGUGUUGCCGAUAGCAAAAAAAUAAAUAAA